AGGCCAAACCAAUGAACCAAACCAACGAAACGCAGCACUUUGACGAAGUAAAAUCUAAUGCAAAAGGUCGUCGUUCUCUCUCUCUGUACCUCCGUGGCAUUUAGGGGCUGGUGGCGCGUAUUGUAAUGUAACUUCCAUUGUUUCUUCUUCUUCUUCUGAAUAGUAGAAAGAGAGAGAGAUGGGAAACGCGAACUGUAUUUUCUGUGGAUGCGUGGAGCAGGCGAGCAUAGCCGUGGUGGAGAGGUGGGGUAGGUUUGAGCGGCUGGCGGAGCCGGGGCUACAUUUUUUCAAUCCAUUGGCCGGGGAAUGUCUGGCUGGGCUUCUCUCCACGAGGAUCAGCUCUCUCGAUGUCCGCGUCGAAACUAAAACCAAGGAUAAUGUUUUUGUGCAAUUGCUCUGCUCGAUACAAUAUCGAGUAGUUAAAGAAAAUGCUGAUGAUGCAUUUUAUGAGCUGCAAAAUCCCAAAGAGCAGAUUCAGGCUUACGUGUUUGAUGUGGUUCGUGCUCUUGUCCCAAGAAUGACACUGGAUGAGCUCUUUGAGCAAAAGGGUGAGGUUGCUAAAGCUGUAUUAGAGGAACUUGAGAAGGUGAUGAGAGCGUAUGGAUACAGCAUAGAACACAUACUGAUGGUGGACAUUAUACCCGAUGCCUCUGUCCGCAAGGCGAUGAAUGAAAUUAAUGCAGCUCAAAGGCUUCAACUUGCUAGCGUAUACAAAGGAGAAGCAGAGAAGGUGCUCCUAGUGAAGAAAGCUGAAGCCGAAGCUGAAGCCAAGUACCUGGGUGGGGUUGGCGUGGCCAAACAAAGGCAGGCAAUCACAGAUGGAUUAAGAGAGAAUAUAUUGAAUUUCUCUCAUAAGGUUGAAGGAACCUCAGCUAAGGAGGUGAUGGAUCUCAUAAUGAUCACUCAGUACUUUGACACAAUCAAGGACCUUGGGAACUCAUCGAAGAACACUACUGUUUUUAUACCCCACGGUCCUGGUCAUGUUAGGGAUAUAACUGAUCAGAUACGCAAUGGGCUGAUGGAGGCAUCCAGUGGUAAUGUCAAUGUUGAGGACAUCAACCUGUGAUGGACAUCUUGUAUACUUAUGAUCUCCCUUAUCAAUACUGACAUACAUGUGAGCUUACUUUAAACAGUCGGAUGAUCGUAAAGGGUGUGUUAUAAAUAAUGUAGAAUACGUACGCAAUGGAUCUUCACCAAGGUUGUAAGAAUGAAACAGCCCAGCUGCUGUACUGCUUUUGUUAUCACUUGUUAAUUCUGCUAUAAUGAGAAUCAUAUGUUUUUCUUUUGUA